AGGUUCUGACCUGAAGUUUAAGGAACGUACAGAGCUGCGUUCACGCUGAUGGGAAGGGACAUCCACCUCCUGAGUUAUGCUUGGUCGUUCGGUUCUUGCUGGCAGACGUCUUUGUGCUUCAAGAGAUUGUGACAGAGACAAGGCAGGCUGGGGGGGACUUAAGGAGACGGGCCAUGUGAGCCCGAGGCUCCGGGUGGAGGCUGCGGCGCUUCCCUGCAGGCAAGGAGGCAGACUCACAAGCAGAGACGCUCAGAUGAGGGGAGGAGGAAGAGGCGAUCAGGGGGGGAGGGGCCUCUAAACAGACGGCGCUGCUCCGCUGAGCAGCCCAAAUGAGUUCAGACUGUCAGUCAGUCUGUCACUCAGACCCGCCGGGACCGACCUGAAGCUGUAUUUACGCCUUUUUUUUCCCCCCCGCCCCUCCUCAACUGUUUGUGGAUGUGGAUGAAGAGGAGAGCCCAGCAGACCUAGGUGAUACUCGGCUGAACAGGAUGCAUCUGGUCGUAGAGCCCUUUCAGGAGGCUGCGAUGAAGAUGCUACCUUAUUUCGUGGAGAAUGCCGUGUUGACCCAAAACGAGAUCAACCGCAUUUUGAGCGAGAGCUUCUUCAUGGUGAAAGGCGCCGCUCUCUUCUUGCAGCAAGGGAGCAGCCAGCAGGGCCAAAAAGCACAUCCGCCUCACAAACAUGCAGGUGACCUUCCUCAACACCUGCAGGUGAUGAUAAACAUUCUCCGCUCAGAGGACAGAAUCAAACUGGCAGUGCGCCUGGAGAGCGCGUGGUCGGACCGGGUGCGGUACAUGGUGGUGGUGUAUACUAGCGGCCGACAGGACACGGAGGAGAACAUCCUUCUGGGGAUCGACUUCACCAACAAAGACUGUAAAAGCUGUUCAAUCGGCAUGGUGCUACCUCUUUGGAGCGAUACCAAGAUCCAUCUGGAUGGAGACGGGGGCUUCACAGUGAACACAGCAGGUCGGACUCAUGUCUUCAAACCUGUGUCAGUGCAGGCUAUGUGGUCGGCGUUGCAGGUGCUGCACAAGGCUUGCGAGGUGUCCCGCAGGUUUAACUACUUCCCCGGGUGCAUGGCCCUCACCUGGAUGGGAUACUACGAGAGCUGCAUCGCGUCCGAGCAGAGCUGCAUCAACGAGUGGAACGCCAUGAAGGACUUAGAGACCACUCGGCCAGACUCACCCAUCAUGUUUGUCGACAAGCCUUCAGAGAGGGAAAGGACAGAGUGCCUUAUUAAAUCCAAACUUAGAAGCAUUAUGACGUCCCAGGACCUUGAGAACGUCACCUGCAAACAGAUCCGGACUGAGUUGGAGCGGCACAUGAACUGCAACCUGAAAGAGUAUAAGGAGUUCAUUGACAACGAGAUGCUGCUGAUCCUCGGCCAGAUGGACAAAGCCACUCUGAUUUUUGACCACGUCUACCUGGGAUCUGAGUGGAACGCAUCUAAUUUGGAGGAGCUGCAGGAGACGGGGGUGGGCUACAUCCUCAACGUUACCAGGGAGAUAGACAACUUCUUCCCAGGGACCUUCUGUUACCACAACAUCCGCGUCUACGACGAGGACGCCACGGACCUGCUCGCCCACUGGAACGACACGUAUAACUUCAUCAUGAAAGCAAAAAAGAACGACUCCAAGUGUCUCGUCCACUGCAAGAUGGGCGUCAGCCGCUCCGCCUCCACCGUCAUCGCGUACGCCAUGAAGGAGUACGGCUGGUCUCUGGAGAAAGCGUACAACUUUGUGAAGCAGAAGAGGAACAUCACCCGACCCAACGCGGGCUUCAUGAGGCAGCUGGCGGAGUACGAGGGCAUCUUAGACGCCAGUAAACAGCGGCACAACAAGCUGUGGCACCCGGAUGCAGACUGUGAGAUGGCGGAGGGUCAGCAGGGGUCGGUGCAGUGCUGUGGAGGGCAGGAUGGAGGGGAUCCCAGCGCGGAGUCCGGGAUGUCCCCCUGCUGCGAGGAGGCGUCGUCUGACAAAGGUGCAGCGUGCCCCUCCCCAUGCAGGACCGUCGCCCUAGACAUCGACCCCGCCUACAAUAACUACUACUUCCGCCGGCUGUCUGACUCUGCCCUCGACAGCGAGCCGUCGACGCCCGUGCGCGGCCCUCCUCUCCUCGGCAUGGAAAAAGUCUUCAUAGAAAUUGAGGACGUGGAGAGAGACGCGCUGCUGGACGACGAGGCCUUCGACGGACGGGAGGGCCUGCCGCUGCCCCACUUCGGACCCACGGCGGAGGGCACCGCCGCCCAGACCUGCAGCCGCGGGCCGGAGCCCCUGGAGGAGCUGCGGCUGAGGCUGGAGUUCAACACCGUGGCGGAGGAGGACGAGGAGGACGUGCGGAAGGAGGAGGCAGAGAUGGAGGUGUUGAUGCAGCCAGAUGACAGAGGGGGCGGGGAAGGAGGCGGCGCCGAGAGCCACGACGUGGAGGUGGAGGGGGAUCCGGAGGGGAUCGGGAUGGAUCUGGCCUCCCUCAAUGAAAAUUCAAACAACAACAACCAUUUGAGCCUUCUGCAGAACCACCAUGACAGAGCUUCUAGCUUCCUUCUUCAAAGCGAGGCUUCGGUGCCUCCUUCCGCUCCAGCCUCUGAGCUUUGCCUUAACGCCUGCCCUCCCCCUGAAGUCCAGAGUGCUUCGUCGCCCCGCUCUCAAACCGAAGGCCUCUCGGCUCCGGUGGGACUGCCGAGCCCUCGCGGUCCACUGUGUGACUGUGCCAACUGUGCAGCCGCCGCUCUGCUCUCCGCAGAGGAGGAGCGGCCGUGUGGCAAAUCGCUGCGGUCGGCGGAGGACAGCGGUCAUUUGUUCCAGGCGGAGACCGAGCUGCGAGACGCACGCUCUGGAUCGGCCUCCGACGUUCUCCCCGAGCUGAUGAGGGCGGACUUCGAGGAAGAGGCACCUGCAGUCGCUUGUCGUCUUGGCCAACAGCAGGAGAGCCUUUCGCAGCUGCGUCGGUCCGGGCUGGUCCGGCGUCGUGCCGAGAGGCUCGAGAGACUCACGGGGAUGUCCCCGCAGGACUGCCAGAGGUCUAAGAGCAGCUCCUCUCACGCCGAGGGGAAGGAGGAUCUCUCCAGCUUUACGGGGGAUUUUGCUAAAACGUCGACCCCUUGCCAAGUGCGGUUAGAGCCAACGGUAGUGCCACUGACCAACGAAGCCUUGCUGGGGGUGGUGGGCUCAGGGCCGCUCACGCCCGCCUCCUCGCCUCACGGCUCCGCCCUGACGCGCAGCUCCAGCACCGACAGUCUGCGCAGCGUCCGGGGCAAACCGGGCCUGGUGCGUCAGAGGGCGCAGGAGAUCGAGACCCGCAUGCGGCUGGCAGGUCUAACCGUGCCCUCCAGGCUGAAGAGGUCCAACUCGCUGGCCAAGUUGGGCAGCCUCAACCUCUCCUCCGAUGACCUGUGCUCGGCCUGUUCCUCAGACGCAGGGACGCUGCUGCUCCUCUCGCUGUCCCCCGAGCCGGACCCGGGCCCGGAGUGGGACUCGCCGACCGCCUCGACGUCGUCCAAACCCUUCAAGGACCUGCGCACCCCGGAGAGAGCUCUUCCAGGCGAGCCCCGGAGCUGACAAAUCAAGUGGAAGUCGUGUAUUUGUACGCGGCGCUCGCCCUCCCUCCUGUCCCUCCGUGGGGCUGGGAGCACUGAGCUAUAUAAUACACUGGAGUGCUGAUUUUGCCGACAAACUG